AUGGCAGCUAAAUCCAAAGACAAGUCUGCCGACAAGAAGAAGGUCACCAAGCCCAGCAAGAAGGCACAGAAGGAUUCCGUUCCUGCCCCACCUGCGCAGCUGCUGGACCUUGUGGAGGGCUUCCUCUCCUCGAACCAGUUCGACGACGCCCACGCCGCCUUCAAGCAGCAGCGAAGCAAGAACGGAUGGACCAGCCCCGCUAAGGGUGCCCAGCCCGAGGGACACAACUUGGUCACCGUCUUCGAGACGUGGACCAAGUCCCAGAGCGCCUCCGCGGCCGACAGCUCUGACAGUUCCAGCGACGACGAGUCGAGCUCUCCCGAUAGCUCUAGUGAUGCUGGCGAUGAUGUGGAGAUGAAGGAUGCCGCACCCGCCGACUCCUCUGAUAGUUCCGACGGCUCCAGCUCCAGCUCCGAUAGCUCCGACAGCGAGAGCGAGGCUACGAGCAAGAAGACGAAGAAGGCCACCAAGGCAGCUGUGGCCAAGAGCGAGUCCUCCGACUCAUCAUCCUCUGAGAGUGAUUCCGACUCUUCUUCCGACUCGUCAAGCGAUGAAGAUGACGACGACGACGACACGGCUGCGGCCAAGCCUGGCCUGGGAGCCUCGUCCAAGGUCACGCCUGUUGCCAACCCCCUGAAGCGCAAGGCUGCUUCCAAGAGCGAUUCUUCCGACUCCGAUUCAGACCCUGAAUCCGACUCAGACUCUUCGAGCGAUUCCGAUUCUUCCAGUUCCGAGGACGAGAAACCGCAAGCCAAGAAGCAGAAGGUCAAGGAGGCUGCUAAGAAGUCAAAGGCUAGCUCUGGGUCAGACUCUAGCUCGGGCUCGUCCUCAGACUCUUCCUCGGAUUCUUCUUCGGAUUCUUCCUCGGACUCUGAUAGCGACAGCGAUAGCGACUCUGACGAUGCAUCCGAGCAGCUCAAGAAAGCUGCCAACACUAAACUCCCCGACUCCGAGUUCUCUUCCUCUUCCUCGGACUCUGACUCCAAAGAGGAGCCUCCCAAGCCUGCCACGAACGGGUCCGACUCGUCCGUCACCAUGGGCAAGACCUCCCCCGAGGUGUUCCCCCCUCUGCCCCCCAACCCGACCAACAAGAAGAACAACCGCGGCAAGAAGGACGCCGCACCCGCCAAGAAGGUCCCCAACGAGCCCUUCUCGCGCAUCCGCAAGGAUAUCGUUGUCGAGGAUAAGUUCAAAUCCAAUGCCUUCACCGACAAUUCGCACGACUGGGGCCGCAAGGCGCACGACGAUUUGAUCGUCACCCGCGGCAAGGGCUUCACGAAGGAGAAGAACAAGAAGAAGAGGGGCAGCUACCGUGGCGGAUUCAUCGACGUCAACGCCUACCAGGGAAUAAAGUUCGACGACUAG